AUGGUUUCUUUCUAUUUUAUUUUAAUUAAUUAUUAUAGAAAUUUAAAUUAUUUAUUUUUUAUUAGUUUGAUAAUUAUAUUUGCUUCUUUGACUAAAAGAGCUCAAAUUCCUUUUUCUUCUUGGUUGCCUUUAGCUAUAGCAGCUCCUACACCUGUUUCUUCUUUAGUUCAUUCUUCUACUUUAGUAACUGCUGGUAUUUAUUUAAUAAUUCGGUUUAAUGAAAUUUUUUUAAAUUUUUCUUUUUUAAAUUAUUUAAUAGUAAUUUCUUGUUUAACUAUAUUAAUAUCUGGUUUAAAUGCAAUUUUUGAAUUUGAUUUAAAGAAAAUUAUUGCUUUUUCUACUUUAAGUCAAAUAAGUUUUAUAUUUAUGAUUUUAUGUUUAGGUAAAAUUGAUAUAUGUUUUUUUUAUUUAUUAAUACAUGCUUUAUUUAAAUCUAUAAUAUUUUUGAGAUCUGGUAUUUUAAUUCUUAAUAUAAAUAAUAAUCAAGAUAUUCGUAAAAUAGGGGGAUUAAUUGAUUAUUUACCUUUUUGUGGUUUGAUUUUUAUAUUUACUUUAAUAUCAUUAUGUGGUUUUCCUUUUUUCUGUAGUUUUUAUUCUAAGGACUUGAUUUUUGAAUACUUUUUAAUAAUAAAUUUGAAUUUUUUUUUUUUUUUUUUUUUUUUUAUUUCUUUUUUUUUAACUUUUUUUUAUUCAAUUCGUGUAAUUUAUUAUUUAAUAAUAAUAAAUUUU